AUGAAGCUGGGUAAGGGUAAGUCUUCAGAGAAGGGGCGUGCGAGCGUGCAUGCGGGCAGACGGUCUUGUCUGUUCCUGUCCGUCCGUCUGUCUGCAAGUGGUUACCUAAUGGAAGCCCCGGAUGCCACGGCACUCUCGGGCAUCACGAGAUGCGGACUUGCUCGAGAAUCCGCGGCGUCUGGUGACAGUUUUAUGGUUUCUUCAGCAUGUCGCCAGGCAGGAUCAUCACAGAUCCCGAAGCAGCUGGCGCGGAGCCGGGUGCUUUUCGUUCGUGCACGCGGGAGCGCUUGCAGGUCGAAUCAAUCCGAUGUGAACAUCUCUGCUCAAUUCUCUUGCUCGCUUGUCAUUUGCUCGGGAGGCUUCAGGGAUGUGUUUGCGAUGACUCUCUAUUCUCCCCGAUGGCUGUUUACUGGCACGAAACGUGUGAUCACCCGCUUGGACUAUGGUUGCCCUCUGCCUCGGAUCUCCGUCUGGUCUCUCCGUAUGAGUCCGGGCUGGGGCUGGGGCGAUAGGGCUACCCACGGCUUUUGCGGGAGUUUGGUCCUGGACUCCUGGUGCGACCACAGAAUCCAACGCAGUAACGCAGCAUUAAAACAGAGUUUCUGCUUUGCAUGUGGACCGGUCCAGAACGCUUCCCCCGACCUCUGGCCCCUGACCUCAAUCCUCGUCAAACACCCUGAGCUGGCGAACCGUUACACAGGAGCAGGAGCUUGUCUGGACUGGGGGAAUGAGCUUGGUUGCUGGCUUCCUGCCAGGGCUGUAAACUCGCUCCUCCAGGGUCCGGAACGCGAAAGAUGCGCUCGGAAACCGGUUGCUGCUGUGUAUUUUGCAUGUGAGCAUGCAGGGCACGAUGCUCGCUCCAACUCUAGAGAAGUUCAUCCGCCCCAUCUGAAGGCUGAGGCCGGAGAGAUUCCAGACUCCUCACUUGAGGCCAGCCAGCUAAGGCAGACGAAGAAGAAGAAAACAGCCCGAACGCGGCUCUGCUCUCCUGAUGCUCUGUGCCAACGACGACAGUUCUUUGCGGGGAAGCUAUUCACAAAUGUCGGGGGGGCAAAACGGACGGACAUGCGUUGCUUGACGGUUUUCCACUAUUUCACCAAGAAACAUCCGCCGCGCCGCAACACAAAAAGGGCUGGCUGGACUGUACCAGAACGAAAUCAGAACCAGGCACUAGCACAGCAAAACCAGGGAAAACGGAGACCCCUCCUCGAAUCGGGGGAACGCGGCCAGACCCGUCUCGACCUCUCACUCACCUCACCCACCCGCCUCCCGGACAUGGGGACACUGUCCUCAGAGAGGGGCCGUAACGUAGACGUGUGCAUCUUCAACUUCCGAGCCUCGGACGAUGAGAUGAGUGCAUCUGCUCACCACAACCCGGAUUUCUUCCCCAGAUGGGUUGGCUUCCCACGCACCACACCGCAUAUGAUGACCCCGGAAAGAGAAGAAUCAAGGAUCUAA